AUGCAGGAUUACUUUCUUGAAACAUUUAUGAAAAUUAAGAAGAAAAACAAAUUCAAAUUCAAAGAUUAAUAAAAGGAGAUAAAUAGAUACAAAUAAUCAAGCAAAUAAAUAAAUAAUCAAGCAAAUAAGCAAAAGCAAGCAAGCAAACAAGCAAACAUUUAUUUAUUAUUACUAUUGUAGUUUUUUAAAUUUAGAAUUUUUUCAAACAAGAAGUAAUAGUAAUUUAAAAAAUAUAAAAUACAUUCUCUAAAAUCAUAGCUUGACGCUUCAUUUAUCAACAUAACGAUUAAAAAAAGGUAUGUCAUCAUAAUUUAAAAAAGAGUACAAAUUAUUUAUGUUAUUACUUAAAUCCAAUAUAAUAAAUAAAUAUCUCCUUUUAUUUCUUAAACAGUAAAGAAAUGUUAAUCAAAACGUAUAAAUAUAUUUAUAUAUAUAUAUAGUUAUAUAGAUAGUAAGUUAGAUAAUCACUUUGUCUUAUAAUCUAGGCUUCAUUUAAUAUUAGCACCAAAAAUCAAUUAGACAUUAACUUAUUAUAAUAUUUUUGUAUAAAUAUUUUCGACUUUGAAAUUUUAGUUAUUUUUAAUUUAUUUAAACUCUAAUUUACUAUUUUUUUUUGAAAUAUUUAUGACAUAAAAAAAAACAUGA